GAAGACGCCUCCUCCUCCUGCUCCUCCGCCUCCAUUUUCCCGCGCGCUCCUCUUGCCCAGAUGCCCGCCGCCUCCUCCUCCUCCUGCAGGAGCCGCGGGUGACUUCUGCGUGGGAAAGCAGGAGCGCGGGCGAGCGCGCGAGGCGGCGGGCGCGCGCGCGCGCUCCCCGGACGUGCGAGAGGCUUUCCCUCAGCCUCGCGCCGAGCUUUCCUUUUGGCUCGCGCUCCUCCCGCCUAUGGAGGGGACGCUGUGAGCUCCUCAGCGGCUGCAGCGAGCGAGCGAGCGAGCGGCGGCGGCGGCGGCAGCGCCCGUAGCUGAAGCGCCCGCAGUCGUCCUCCGCUCGCCUCAGCCCAGGCCCCUUCCUCGCGCUCGCUCGCUGCCCGUGGGCCAGCCAUGUCCUACCCUCAGGGCUACCUCUACCAGCCCCCGGGCUCGCUGGCUCUCUACUCGUGUCCGGCUUACGGGGCGUCGGCGCUGGCGGCGCCCCGGAGCGAAGAGCUGGCCAGGUCGUCUUCGGGCUCGGCGUUCAGCCCUUACCCCGGAUCCGCCGCCUUCACCGCCCAAGCGGCAGCCACCGGCUUCAGCAGCCCGCUCCAGUACUCCACAGACCCGGCCACGGGAUUCCCCUCCUACAUGGGCUCCCCUUACGAUGCCCACGCGACGGGCAUGAGCGGGGCCAUCAGCUACCACCCUUACGGUAGCCCGGCCUACCCCUACCAGCUGAACGACCCCGCUUACCGAAAGAACGCCACGCGGGACGCCACGGCCACGCUGAAGGCCUGGCUGCAGGAGCACCGCAAGAACCCGUACCCGACUAAAGGCGAGAAGAUCAUGCUGGCCAUCAUCACCAAGAUGACCCUCACGCAGGUCUCCACCUGGUUCGCCAACGCCAGGAGGAGGCUCAAGAAGGAGAACAAGAUGACCUGGGCGCCGCGCAACAAGAGCGAGGACGAGGACGAGGACCUCGACGCCGGCGGCGGGAUCCGCAGCAAGGAAGAGGCGCCGUCGGACAAAGGCCGCGACAGCAACGAGACGUCGGCCGAGGAUGAAGGUGAGGGAGGAGCAGGCUGGUUUCGUGGGGCAGGGAGGCAGAUCAUGGGCCUGCAUGGAGCCCUGCAGCCCGACCCUGUGCAGGUCUACCUCGGAGUUCAGUGGGGCUUACUCGGAGGGAUCAGCUUGCAGGUGGACUCGCUCACCGACCACUCCUGCUCGGCCGAAUCGGACGGCGAGAAGGCCCCUUGCGGCGCCGGGGACCCGCUGUGCGAGUCCGGCUCGGAGUGCAAGGACAAGUACGAGGAGAUCGACGAGGACGAGGACGACGUCGAGGAGGAGGAGGAGGACGACGACGACGAGGAGGACGACGACGAGGGGGCGGACAGGGGUCUUCCCGCCAAGCCCGUCACCUCCUCCCCUCUCACCGGGGUGGAAGCCCCUCUGCUGGGUCACCCGCAUGGCGAGGACCCCGCGCGCAACGCCAACAAAGCCGCUUUGGACGCCCGCAUGGCCCCGACAGCGGCUUCGCAAACCACGCCGGCGAGCAAGCCCAAGCUGUGGUCGCUGGCGGAAAUCGCCACCUCGGACCUUAAGCACCCUCAGCACCCUCAGCACCACCACCCGCACCACCCGCACAACCUGGGCCAGAGCUGCCAGCCGUCGGUGCCGCCGUCUUCCACCCCGCACAACGCUGCCUACUCGCCCUCCUCUCUUCUGGGGAGGCAUAUAUAUUACACGUCGCCUUUUUAUAGCAACUACACAAACUAUGGGAACUUCAACGCCCUCCAGGGUCAGGGCAUCCUGAGGUACAACUCGGCGACGGUGGCCUCCAGCGAGGGGCUAAGUCAGACGGUCUUAAGCAGCGGCGGCGGAGGAGGCGGAAGCUCGGUGCACAAGCAGGGCUCGGAGAACUCUUUGAAAUCCAUCGCCAGCCACCUAGAACAACAUUACAAGCCUUCCAAUCCAGACUCCAAAAAAGACCCCACUGAAGUGUGCACAGUAGGAGUACAACCAUACCUAUAGAAGUGCAAUCACACAGCAGCCAGGCAAGUAGGUGUCACAAUUGCUUUGAGAAAAGUCAACAAGCCAUCAUCUCUCCCCAAGCUAAUCUAUCUAUCUCUAUCUCUAACAAAAUUCUAAAUCCGGAUCACAUCUUGUGCCACUGUAUAAAAGAAGACCACAGAGCACUAUUAAAUCUACAGACUCUCUCUAAUUGAUAAACCAGAAUUUUGCUGGACAUUAUGUGAGUUUACUGGUAUAGUCUAGUUCUCCCCAAUGUAUAUGUGACUUAAAAAAGAAAGAAUGAAUGAAAAGAAAGAAGCAAAUCUGUUUUUUCUCAGGAUAUCUCAAAUUGAUCAGCUUAUUGCCACGGUAUAUAUAUAUAUAUAUCUAUAUAUAUCUAUAUUCUGUAGGUGUGAUAGGAUUUAUUGUACAAACACUUUGUAAAAGAUACAUACAGUAGCAAUUAAUUAAAUAAACCAUGACUGAAGAACUUGAGUACUUACAAAGUGGAAACAAAUUUGAUAUUUAUUUUUGUAAUGAUAUGAGAGCUUCUAGUAAUUUAUGCAAGUUGUAUUGCAACGGAAUCCCAACUCUUUUGUAAAUAAAUUAUGCCUGGUUUUUAUUUGAGACAUUGAUGGUUAUACAAUCCCUCGUUGUUUAACGAGAAUUCUUUACUAAUUUAUAUCUUUAAUUGUAAAUAAAAACAGAUUAGUCUACAAUAAGGUGGUGGCCUUUUUUUGUUCAUUUUUAGUAUUUAUCUUUUUUGUAAUUCAUGAUAAUUUAUAAAAUAUCACUGUUACAGUUGCCUAAGGUAACUUCUUAAAUAUUUAAAAUAUAUUUAGCAAUGUGGCUAAUUAAACCUGUUGAACGUAUAUAUUGCAGGACAAUAAAAACCUUCAGAGUGAA